AUGUCAUCGAAAGUGGAAAUCUGUAAAAUCAAUGUCAUGGAUGAUAAAAAUGAAACUGAGUCUUUGCGUCUCAGAUUAAGAGAGGUGGAAGAUGAAAAUCAAGAACUCAGAGCUCAAAACAUAUUGCAAAAUCGUACAAUAAUUGAAAUGAGAAAUGAAAUAUUUUUAUUAAGAAUUCAAAUAAAUGAAAUGAAUGAUUCAAAUCCUUUACUAAGGGAAAGAGUAAGAAAUUUAAGUGAGCAUAUUACAACAAAUUCAACGGGAGCCGGAAAUGAUUCAAACGUUAGUUUAAUUACAACACCACCAUUAAUGGCUCCAGCUCAUUCUCCAACUCUGAUACCACCACCUCUUUCUUCAACUAGAUACAGGAUAAGUCCACGACAGGUGGGAGCCGGAGAAGCUAUUACGACUCCUCUUGGAGUGUCUUUAUCAAGUCCUCCUCGUCGUAUAAAAAGAGAUUCCAGACAAGGUUUCUAUAGAUCAACAAGAACACCUUACAGAAGGUUUGACGUACCUGAACCGGGGCCAUCAUCCGCAGCUCAAUUUUUAUCAUCGAACAGACCUAAUUAUUUUGUAGGAUUGAGAAUAAUUCCACAAUUUCAAACGUCUUUCAUUUGUGCACAAAAUCAAGCACCAUAUUACAGUGAUAGCGCAUCAGAUUCAUCCGGUUCCGAUGAAAAUCCUCAAAUUUUUAAAAAAAUAAAAAUGAAAGUUUUCAAUGACGAACAACAUUUUAAAAAAACAAACUCCUUAUCACGAGAUUUUGAAAUUUUUAAAAACAUAAAAAAUUUUCAACCUAAUAAAGUUCGUCAAACUAUUUUUAGAAAUUUUGCACUUCCCAACACGAGUGGAAAAAUUUUUUUUUCAAGUACACGUGAUAAAAAAAAUCGGGAAAAUGUAGGUUUGUUAGAUUAUACGUUACCAUCGACAAGCACAAAUCAAUCGAAUUUAUUCAAUCCAACAAAUUCUAAAGGGAUAAAUGAUCAAAAUAAAGAAAUAAACGGGAUGAGAAAUGGACAUACUAAACUAUCAGAUGGACCGCAAUACACUUUUCCAGCAAAUCACGAGGGUCUCCAUCACAGUACUUCACCUCCGGUUGUUGGACAAACAAACGAAAGCAUUCGUUUGAGAAAAUCAAAAAAGAAUAUACCAUACUGCAGCACGAUUUACACUCAGUCAUCGCAAAAAGAAGAUAAACACAGCAACAGCAACAAAAACAACAACAACAGCACCAACAACACAUGCAACAAAAUUAAAAAACCAAAAGAAGAAGAAUUAAAUUUUAAUAAUACAUCAAAUUUAAACAAAUCAAAAGGUGAAAUUCAAUUAAAUACAAGAAUAAAUAAUGAUUCUCUAUCAAAUUCAGAAGAAACAGUCAGACCUUCGAGUGGUAAACUAUCAACAACAGUAUUUGCCAUUGAAAUUUCUUCAGAUCUUGAACAAGAUGGUUUUCAGGGAGAUGAAAGUUCGAAUUGUAUGACAUCAAAUGAAAAUUCACUUGAAAAAAUUAAUUUGAGCGAAUCGAAUUUAGAAAAAAAAUAA